UUAUAAAGAAAUAUUGACGCUGUGGUGUCGCCCCUGCAGAUGGAGGUGCUGAGCUCCCUGAAGGCCCUGGGGCGGCACGUCGACAGCAGCCAGCUGACCCCGGCCCUGGAGGGCCACUUCCCCUACUGCCACAGCGAGUGGGUCCAAUACUUCCAGAAGAUGCACCAGUUUGUGAGCGACCUCAAAAAGGCCUCCGAAUUGCUGCAGAACACCACCCAAGAACUGGAAAAGGGGGGCAGACUGGAGACCCUGCAGGAGGUUGAGCAGCACAUGGAGAGGCACCAGCUGCUGAUGCAGAAGGUCUUGCGCAAUGUGCAGCUGGUGAGCUUGCAGAGGGAAGGUGGGGCCACGCUGGCGAAACUGAGGAAGGAGGCAGCCCGGCUCAGCUUCUCCCCCAACGUCCGGUGCAGCAUCGACCGGGCUCUGACCCUCUACAACCUGGUGGAAGAGAAAGUCCACAUACUGGUCACCAAAUCCAACGGCCGCCUGGAGCACCUUGAAAUUCCUGCUGAAGAUUCGGCAGCUGGAGGCGGAGUUUGGCAAG